UAGCGGUUCUGUUUUCCCUGUCUUUAUUUCCUUCACAAUCGGCUGCCAUCCGAGGAGCUGAGGAAGCUUAGAGCUCUCAGGAGCAGUCUUUUGAGCUGGCAUAGGGGCAAGCGGCAUACGAGGGAGGCUGGUGGUGAGGAAAUUUCUUUCUUUGAUCUUCGGAAAUCCUUUCUUCCUGGAGGCCUCUCCAAAGCCGCACUCAGAAUGGUCCAGCGUUUGACAUACCGACGUAGGCUUUCCUACAAUACCGCCUCUAACAAAACUAGGCUGUCCCGGACCCCUGGUAAUAGAAUUGUUUACCUUUAUACCAAGAAGGUUGGGAAAGCACCAAAAUCAGCAUGUGGUGUGUGCCCAGGCAGGCUUCGAGGGGUUCGUGCUGUACGACCUAAAGUUCUUAUGAGAUUGUCCAAAACAAAGAAACAUGUUAGCAGGGCCUAUGGUGGUUCCAUGUGUGCUAAAUGUGUCCGUGACAGGAUUAAGCGUGCUUUCCUUAUCGAGGAGCAGAAAAUCGUUGUGAAAGUGUUGAAGGCGCAAGCACAGAGUCAGAAAGCUAAAUAAAAAAUGAAACUUUGAGUAAUAAAAAUGAAAA